UUUCAAUUUCAAUUUCAAAAAGCUCAUGCUUUUGUUUCUCUCUCUACUCACACUAGUACUCUCUCUCUCUUGAUAUAUAUGUCGAUCACACUCUCCUACUCCUCAGUUGUAUUGAAUCGGACCAGCAUAUCAACAUCCACCCACCUCUAUCAUUUUCGAGUAACCUGGAAAAUAGAGAUUGAAGCCAUUUAGGAUUCCAAUUUUCGUCGCCAUCUUGUCUUCGACUUUCUCUCUCCAAAUUUCUUUAAGUUUUUUUCUCUCUACAGAUCUGUGAAUUGUCUCUCCCCAAAGGGAUGAGUUUAGUAAUCGGCUUUUUUGAUCGAUGCGGACUGAAGCAUGUGUGGUGGUCCUGAACAAACAAAAUUGACAUCAUCUUCGUGCCCAUCUACUGUAGAAAACAAACCCAACACCAAAAAUAUGAGUCAACUAACUGUUGAGACAGAAGAUUCUUCUUCCACUUUACUUGAACUUGCUGCUAACAAUGACUUUAAGGGUUUCAAACAAUUGGUUGAUUGUGAUGCUUCCACAGUGAAUGUGGUUGGACUCUGGUAUGUCCGAAAGAAGGGCUCGAAACAAAUAGUCCUUGAGCGCAGAACUCCGUUGAUGGUUGCUGCUACCUAUGGUAGUGUUGAUGUUCUGAAAUUAAUACUCUCUCAGCCCAAGGUUGAUGUAAAUCUUUCUUGUAGCGUGGACAAGAGCACUGCCCUCCACUGUGCUGCCUCCAGUGGAUCUGCUAAUUCUGCCGACAUUGUUAAACUGCUUUUAUCAGCAGGUGCUGAUCCGAAUGUUGUGGACACCAAUGGUCAUCGGCCUGCUGAUGUGAUAGCUACCCCGCCAAAUCUUCCAGGAUCAAAAAGUUGUCUUGAAGAAUUGCUGAUGAAGAAUGUUUCCGAUGACACAGUCUUUAAGUGCAAUUUACGGAUAUCAAUUGCUAGUUCAGACUCCAACUCUCCAACACUUUCUUCAUCGCCUGAGAAUCAUUCUCCAUCUUCUCCUUCGAAUUUUGUGUCUUCUGCAAUGACAUCAGAGUUCAAUGAUAUUCUUGCUAGUUCUGUUUCUGAGAAGAAAGAAUACCCAAUUGACCCAUCAUUGCCUGACAUCAAGAACAGCAUUUAUUCAACUGAUGAGUUCAGGAUGUUUUCAUUCAAGGUCCGGCCUUGUUCAAGGGCUUAUUCUCAUGAUUGGACUGAGUGCCCUUUUGUACACCCGGGAGAAAAUGCUCGCAGAAGAGAUCCACGCAAGUACCAUUACAGUUGUGUGCCUUGCCCUGAUUUUAGAAAGGGUGCUUGUAGGCGUGCGGAUUUGUGUGAGUAUGCUCAUGGUGUGUUUGAGUGCUGGCUCCACCCUGCUCAAUAUCGGACCCGACUCUGCAAGGAUGGCACAAGCUGCGCAAGACGGGUUUGCUUUUUUGCACACACCACUGAGGAAUUGCGACCGUUGUAUGUCUCCACUGGUUCAGCUGUUCCAUCUCCUAGGUCAACUGCCUCUGUUGCAAGUGCUAUGGACAUGGCUGCUGCCUUGAGCCUUUUGCCUGGUUCUCCCUCGUCAGUCUCUAUGAUGUCUCCUUCUGCAUUCAAUCAGUCCAUGUCUCCGUCGUCGAAUGGCAUUUCACACUCAUCCCCAGCUUGGCCUCAACCAAAUGUUCCAACCCUUCAUCUUCCUGGAAGCAACCUUCAGUCAAGUCGCUUGAGAUCUUCCCUCAGUGCCCGGGAAUUUCCCGAGGGUUUCAACAUGUUGCCAGAUUUUGAUGCCCAGCAACAGCUUCUAAAUGAUUUGACCUCUUUCACACAAUCCCAUUCCAAUUCUGCCGCUUUGAACUGUUCUGUUCGUUCCAAAAUGCUAACUCCUUCUAACCUUGAAGAUCUUUUUUCUUCUGAGAAUGCCUCUUCUCCCCGAUAUGCUGACCAAGGGGCGGCUUGUUUUUCUCCCACACACAAAUCAGCUGUUUUCAAUCAUUUUCAACAGCAGCAGCAGAGCAUGUUAUCCCCUAUCAACACCAACAUUUUCUCACCCAGAAAUAUUGAGCACCCUAUGCAGGCAUCUUUUGUCUCGUCACCUGGAAGGAUGUCACCGAGAGGUGUUGAGCCUAUUUCACCAAUGAGCUCUCGGCUCUCUGCGUUUGCUCAACGUGAAAUGCAGCAUCAACAGUUCCGAAGUCUCAGUUCUCGGGAUCUUGGGUCUAGCAAUGGAGCCUCCAUUGUAGGAUCUCCUAUAAACUCAUGGUCACAAUGGGAAUCACCAAAUGAAAAAGUAGAUUGGUCCGUCAAUGGAGGUGAACUGAAUCGAUUAAGAAGAUCAUCUUCAUUUGAGCUCAAUAACAACAGCGAGGAGCCUGACCUAUCAUGGGUGAAAUCUGUAGUCAAGGAAUCACAGCCACCUGAGAUGAAUAAUAAUUACACAGUCCCAAAUUCUGGCGCUGUGUCAUCUGGUGAGGGUUUGAAAUCCAAAUCCCAAAUCGAAUCAAUGGAUCAUUCAGUUUUGGGAGCAUGGCUUGAGGACAUGCAAAUAUUCAACUCGUAGAAUAGGUGAAUUGAUUCUAUUUUCACUCUGGAUAUAAGCAAAAGAUAGGAAGCAUAUAUUUUUUGCAAUUCUUUUUGGCUCGGUGGAGAAGGAUGAAUGCAGAAGGCGACGGAGCGGUGAAGCAAGGCAGUUGAAGGAGGGUGGUACAAGGAAGUCGGAAAAUUUUCAGAAUGAUUAAUCAAUUUAACUCAUUUAUUUUUAUUUGUUAAUGCAGUCAGGAAAUGAAGAAGGCCUGUUCCUGGAUUACUAAAGAAACCAAUUCCGGGUGAGCAAUAUAGUCCUUUCAACAUUUCAGAAUUGUAGGAUUACUUUUUUACGUUUCCUAUAAAGAGAGCUACAUUGUUUCAUUACAAUGAAGCUUGAGCACCCAACUCACCUUUUUCCUUUUUUCUUUUUGAAAAAUUGUCUAUUGCUAAAUCUGUAAUUGUAAUUCAAAAGGUGUAGUGUUGAUGUAAUACUGAAUCAAAGUUAUUAGUAUGGAUUCCUUUAUUUAUACUUCCAUGUAAAUUUCCCUCUUUCGUA